UCUCUCCUUGGGAUUAGAAUGUAUUUUAUGCCAACAGUGAUUUCAGUAUUUUUCUUCUUAUAGAAUGCAGGCCCGUGGACUCUUUCUCCUCUUGGUUCUCAUCCUUCUGGUUGUAUCUUCAGAAGCUGGCAAGAUUAAGAAGGACAAGGUCAAGAAAAAUGGUUCCGAUUGUGAGGAGUGGCGCUGGGGUCCUUGUAUCCCCAACAGCAAGGACUGUGGCGUGGGCUUCCGUGAAGGAACUUGUCAUGAAGAGACCAAGAAACUCAAAUGCAAGAUUCCAUGCAACUGGAAGAAGGAGUUUGGAGCUGAUUGCAAGUACAAGUUUGAGAGCUGGGGUGGCUGUGACUCUGCAACAGGUCUGAAGGCCCGUUCAGGUACUCUGAAGAAAGCUCUUUACAAUGCUGAGUGCCAGGAAACUAUUCAAGUGACUAAGCCCUGCUCUCCUAAGGCCAAGUCAAAAUCCAAAGUGCUUCCUGGGGGCACAGUGAGACCUGGAGAAGUUAAGACAAGCAGCAUCGCUAAUCCUGUUCCAAUGUCCAGAAUUCCUAACUGGCAUUCUGCCAGAAAAGGAAAAGGGAAGGACUAGUAUGAUGGAUCCAGCCCCACUAUCUUCAGGGCAUGGUGCCUGAACCCACUUGGACACUCGCCACUUGAAGCUGCAGAUUGGCCUCUCCCAGCUGGCAAUGCUUUGCCAAACCCCAUUAUUCUUCAGCCUGCACAGCCUUAUCUUUAACUGCAGUACCAUUUCUAAUCACUAGUUUUGUAGCGUGCAAGCCCACCCUUUCCUAAAGAAGGUGCUGCUUGCCUGACCCUUAACUUCUAUUCUACCUCCUGUCCUCUCUCCUCUCUCUGUGUCUCAGUAUCCUUUGCUCUGGUUUGCUUCCCUGAAUGCAGCAUGACCUUUGGAAAUGGGCUAGGCUGCACAAAGGUCUUGCUCAAGCUCUCCACCUGUGGGGUCCUUUGUCAAAGACAAAUGGCUUUUAGGCAGCCUCUUGCAAUCUUAGCAACACCUGUGGUUUCUCCACAUAGCUUCCUCUGGUCAUAAACCAAACCAUUCAUUAAGGCACCCAAGGAAACCCUUUCAGGGAAUGGGGGAAGAUGGGAGAGGAAGUACAGUGGAAAUGGGGUGGGGUGGGGUGGGGGUGAGAAGCUGUAUCUGCCUCACCUUCCUAAAAGAGGCACUGUGUACAGUAGGAAAAUGCAGACCUCUUUGGUGUUGUUUUGUGCUCCUUUUCCCACAGGAGAAGUGCCUACUUCCUGGCAUGCUCUGCGUGUGCGUGAUGCACACACCCUUAACUACAUGUUUAUUGAUAGGCAGACUUCCCAUCCAAGGAGUAGCAUGGCUGGAUCAUCUCACUGAGCCAUGUUUGCUCGGUCUUUCUGCCUACAAGCCACACCUUGCCUUCCUUUCAGCGUCCAGGAAAGGAUCCCUCAGAGCCGCUGAACCUGGUUCCUUGAUUCAGUCCCCUUUGUCUGUAUUCCUGCUGGGAUGCUGUGGCUUUCCCCCACUUUACUGGUGCUGGGUAAGCCCGCUCUGCUUUUCACAGUUUCCCCCCUUUCCAAUAAAGGUCUUUUUACAAAAAC